AUGUCCGACAUGUGUUGCAAAUUAAAGAGAGAAUUAACAACUGAUGCUGUGAAUGUUACCGUAGUUACACAAAGUUUGCAACAACCUCAAGCAGAAACAAAGCCAGUAGCUCCUGCUGCUGUGAUCGGUAGUGCUGCAGGGCCUCAACAAACUCAAGUUGAAGCUCAGAUUCCAGAGGCCCAGCGCCAACCACCAGUCAAUCCACCUGUUGCCCCUAUAACUGAAAAGGUUCAGGCUCCAGCUCCACCAGCCCCUUCGAUGUCAUCAUAG